GUGUUCACGUUGAUGAUAGAUAGCCUUGAGCAAUUGCCUAUCUGUCAGCCUCUCUGUCUCUCUGUCUUCUUCCAUUUCUUUAUUUCCAUACCACUCUGUUUCUUCACAACACUUCUCUUAUUUAACCUUCUUCUUCUCUCCAUCACCACCAUUUUUCCCCAUUUUAACUUAAUUACUUCUAAUUACUUCCUUACCUUGUUUUGUUCCAUGACGAUGAUGACCACCACCACCAACAGUAAUACCAAUGCAGGUUUGUUCGGGGAUACCACUUUGACGAAAGUCUUCGUUGGUGGGUUAGCUUGGGAAACACCAAAGGAAGCCAUGAGAGAUCACUUCCAGAAGUUCGGUGAAAUUCUCGAAGCGGUUAUAAUCUCUGAUAAACUCACCGGCAGAUCCAAGGGAUAUGGAUUCGUUACAUUCAAAGACGCGGAAUCGGCGAAGAAAGCUUGUGAGGAUUCGGCUCCGAUCAUCAAUGGCCGUCGAGCUAACUGUAAUCUCGCUUCACUUGGAGCUCGGCGCGGCGGUUCUAGGUCGGCUUCCGCUACUCCUCCUCAAGCUCCUCAACCAGGAUCGAACGGUGGAGGACCGAGAACGACAACAGCAGCAACCGCACCGGGAAAUCACGUGCAGUGGUAUUACCCGGCGGGGACUCAUCCAACGCCGUUUCAUCAUCAGCCUCAUCAACCGGUCCCUUUUUAUGGAUAUUCCCCAAGCCCCACAUACAUCGCAACCGAUAUCAGUUACAACCACAAAUUGGGGUAUGUGAACGGACAUUACACACAAAUGUAUCCAGGGCAGGCGGCUAUGGUAGGGGCGAACACAUUGAUGCCAAUGUACCCGCUGUAUCAUUACCAUCAAUCACACGCCAUGGGGAUGCCGGCCCACAUCUUCCCUCCUAGUCCCACGACGGCGGGCCCCUUCGCCGCUGUCCCACCCACUUCCAUUAUGUCCAAACCAACCACCGUUGGUCCCAACCCAGUUUGCUUGGUUGUGGAAUAAAUAGGUACAGUUGGAGGCAGGGGAUGAAGAAGAAGAAGAAGAUGAUGAUGAUGAUGAUGCAUGGUAAAAGAAGAGCAGAGUAGUAUAAAAAUGGGGACAGGGCAGGCUAAGAGGGACUAUUUUUUUUAUUAAAAAAAAAUUUCUUUUUUAAAUUUUUAAUCAGAACAUCUCAUUCUCUUAGUACAUGGCAGGCAAGAAAAAAGAAAAAGAAAAAUAACAGAGACAAUGUGAAGCUGGUUGAGGGGGGCUGCUCAGAACUACAUUAUUUUUAGGCUGAUCUGUUGUAGCUCUUUAUUUAUUUCUUUCUUCUUUUAAUUAUAAAAAAAAAAAAAAAAAAACUAAUUUUAUUGUU